UCCUGAAAUCCUAAACCCGCAAACCCUAGACCUUUACACGCCGCCGCCUCCUCCCAGACAUGGCUUUCUUCGCCGCUGCCCGCCGCGCCGCGGCCUCCUCCCUCCCCCUCCUCCGCGCCUCCGCCUCGGGUGCCCCCCGCCCCGCGACCCUUCUCCGCCCCCUUGCCGCCGCCGCGGCGCGGCCGCAGCCUCGCGCGAUGCCGUUCUCGUCGGCGCCCGCGACGAGGCCCAGCUCCGACGCCGAGCUCCUCGGCAUCAUCGACUCCGAGAUCAAGUGCGCCGAGGACUGCGACGACCACGGCCGGGUUGAGGAGAUUCCAGACAACUUCCCUUUCAAAAUCAGUGAUGAGAAGGGGAUGAAUGCAAUUACUCUUUCAAGAACUUAUCAGGGUGAGCAGAUCGAGGUUCUGGUUCACAUGCCCAGCCUAGUCACUGGAGAUGAGCCUGAUCAAGAGCGGGAUGGUGAGGAUGAGGAUGCAGACAAGGAGGGAGAUGAGAAUCAGGAAGAUGACAGUGAGAAGCCCCCACAGUCGAGCAUACCUCUCACGGUCACUGUCUCCAAGGGUGUCGGGCCCACCCUUGAAUUCACCUGCACUGCCUAUCCCGAUGAGGUCAUCAUCGACAGCUUGUCUGUGAGGCAGCCGUCAGGGAACGAGGAAGAAGAUUUGAUUGCAUAUGAGGGCCCUGAUUUCAAUGACCUUGAUGAGAACCUGCAGAGGGCAUUCCAGAAGUAUCUGGAGCUGCGUGGCAUCACGCCCAUGACCACAAACUUCUUGCACGAGUACAUGAUCAACAAGGACAGCCGCGAGUACCUCCUCUGGCUGACGAAGCUGAAGGAUUUCGUCAAGCAGUAGAGAUUAACGCCAUUGCUCGCCGUGAAUAAGAUUAGUCAAUUUUUUAUUUUUUUAAUGCAAAUCCCAUUCUGAGAGCCAAGAGCUGCUUUUGUUUCACACAAGUAUUAAGGACGCAUAUGCUUACCCUAGCACUUAAGUUCGUUUUCAUGGCUGUGUUUUUGGCGGUAUGAUAACGACCUAUGAUCCGGAAGUUGAAACUUGGAACCGGUGAUACUGUGGAACGGCUUUUAGUAGGAUUCAAAGUGCUGUUGCUCUGCUUCUCUGCCACCACAGACAUGCAUAUGCAAAAAUCAA